AUGGAUCUUGCUCAGGCUCAAAAGAAUCAUCAGAUCGUGAAUUUUACCCUAGCAUCUCUUCUUUUUCUUGGUUUACUCUAUGUAUUUGUUUGCAAUGAAGCCAACGUCAACUACUUGAUCUUGCCUACACCUUUUCAAAAACCUCAAGUCCUUGCCUCUAGUAGCAAAUCCCAUGCUGCAACUUUCAACGUGACGCCAUACGAGAAAGAUGAACUACUAGAGGAGGUUCUAGCAGAGACGUCAACACAAAACAAGACGAUGAUUAUAGCAAUGGUGAACAAAGCCUACGUAGAAGGAGAUAAGCCCAUGCUCGACAUAUUUCUCCAUGGAUUUUGGCUAGGCGAAAAUACAAGAAACCUAGUCGAUCAUCUCUUAAUCGUGGCGGCAGAUCAAACCUCGUAUGAUCGGUGUAAAUAUCUACACUUGCAUUGCUACAAGCUUAAAACGGACGGCGUGGAUUUUAUGGGGGAGAAGCUAUACAUGAGUGAAGAUUUCAUCAACAUGAUGUGGAGAAGAACGCUGUUUCUCACUAAUGUUCUUAAACAUGGAUAUAACUUCAUAUUCACGGACGCAGACGUAUUAUGGCUAAGAAACCCAUUCCCAAAUCUCAUACAAAACCAAAGCAUCGACAUCCAAAUCAGCGUCGACUACUUCAUCGGCCACCCAUGGUCAGAAUGCAGACAACGGAUCAACACAGGCUUCUACAUGAUCAAUUCCAACCACAAAACCAUCGCACUGUUCGAUUCCUGGUACGCUCAAAAAAACAAAUCCGAGGGUCUGAAAGAACAAGAUGUGCUGGAAAAACUGAUGCGCCGAGGUUUGUUUAGGAGGUUAGGGAUCAAGGCUAGGUUCUUGGACACUCUUUACUUCAGUGGGUUUUGUCAAGACAGUAGAGAUGUUAGAGUUGUGUCCACAGUUCAUGCUAACUGUUGUAGAAGUAUCCAUGCUAAGGUUACUGAUCUAACUAGUGUCAUUCAUGACUGGAAAAGAUUUUUCGCUAAUCAAACGGUGCCGUUUAGAUGGUCACCGCACAAUGCAUGUAUGGAUUCGUGGAGAAAUCGCUGA